AUGUGUAAUCCUGUAUGCUUCAAGUGUAGCAAAAGAUCUUGCUUUUUGUUCAAUGCAAUUGUUUUUUCUUUUUAUGUGGUAGGCAUAUCUGUUUGAGCAGGAAUUUUUUUUGGAGUUUACUAUCCUUUGGUUAAGAGAGACUAUAAAGAAGCUCCGUGCAUAGUUUCUGAUUUUUUAUCUUUUACUAUUGCUGAUAUCACUACGCGCAAUUAUCACAGCUAUUCCUUAUAUAUCUAUAUAAAUAACUCAUCAUAUAGAGCUUAUGGAUGCAUUUCAGACUCUGCAGAAAUGAUAAUAUCAUCACCGUAUAUGGGAAUUUACUAUCCUUAUAUGUAUACUCCCUGUGAUGAUAGCUAUUAUGUUAGUCCUUCAGACAGCUGCCUUGACGAUCAGCUAUUUUUACCUUUAUGAACAUGCAAAAAUGCAUCAUAUGCAUAUUUGCCUGCAGGAUCUUCUUUUACCUGCAAAUGGUGAUUAGCUGACAAAGAUGGAGAAACUGACCCGGCGAAAUCAGAAAAUAUUACUUAUCCUGGUUAUGGAAAUUCUUGAAUUGAGGUCCUGUUCAAGGAUGAUGUUUAUAUUCCUACUGAUGAUUACAAUGCUUUGUGGGUAAUUCCUUUUGGCUUUUUAACAAUAAUUCCUCUAAUUAUUGUUGUUUGAUUCAACUGUGGAAUUUAUUGCUGUGGGUAUUCAGCAGAAUUUAAGCAGCUUUUUGCCUACUGAUAUACAAAAUAUAUAAAAUGCAAAAGAGCAAAGAAACCGUAUGGAUACUAUGAAUCUAAUAAAGCUGAAAUGGACAAAAAACUUUCAACAAUUGCAUUUCUUAUGGCUCUCACCAAGGGUAAAUAUGCUUCAAAAUUCCCAAAAUCAUUGAUUAAAAAUACAGCAGGCUACUUUUAA